UCGUCGUCAGUAGAUGUGUUUGUGAAACAGCUCUCUUUAGUAGCGCCGCGUAAAUAACAUCGAGAACUUCACAAAGUUUUACUGAACUCCGUGCGAUUACUAUGCUUUGUGCUUAGUAAUUAAAGAGGUUUAAGAAAAAAUAUUCAAUAUCACUGUAGUAGGUAGAAAUUUAAGUGUUCAGUGUUAAGGUAAAACAAGUUUUAGGAUUUUAAGCGCCAUUUCAAUCGCUCUAAUUUCUGUGGUAUUUCCAAUUUUGGCUCACGUUUUCCCACUCGUGAAACUUUGAUUGAAGUGAACUAUUAACUAGUUAUGGAUGUUUAGAAACAGUUGAAAUUCGAUCGUUUUUGCAUUAUAUUGCUUUGAUCGCUCACUUCCCGAGUGCAACGGCGGAAAACCAAAUCAAUAUCGAAGUCAAGACGAUCGAUUCGAAAAUACAUUGAACACUUCCUCAACAACUGUCAUCACGCGUAAAACAAUAAUGGAGCCGACUCACUGAUAGGCAUACUUCCUGAGCAGCUGCCCGAUAGCCCCACAAUGCGUUAUCACACGAGACUCUUGACAGAAACGAAGUUCUGGGCCCCUUAUCAGUCGUGGAUGAAGCCCGCGCGUGUCCCGACCUAAACAAAACGCUAUAUGGUGGCAACCUCGUGAGAAAACGAUGUGUAAUCUGUUAAAAUGGGUGAUUUGUUUCCAAGUAUACCAAAGAGUACGCUGGCCAGUGAGGUAGACGGACAGAAUUGGAGCGUGGUCGGUCUGGAUGCAUAUAACACUGAUGAAGAAUUGGCUGCUGUGGAACUGUUUAAGGACUACCCUGAAGCCUUGCUGAGGUUCGCUUCAGUAUGCUGUGUACUAUUCAUGCUGGUUGGGAUCCCUGGAAAUUUCAUCACUAUAAUCGCUCUGGCGCGAUGUAAGAAGGUGCGUAAUGCAACGGCGGUGUUUAUAAUGAACCUAUCAUGCUCGGAUCUGUUGUUCUGUUGCUUCAAUCUUCCGCUGGCCGCGUCGACCUUCUGGCAGCGGUCUUGGACACAUGGGCGCAUUCUCUGCCGAAUGUUUCCCUUAGCGAGAUAUGCGCUAGUUGCCGUCUCGCUGUUCACAGUCCUCGCUAUUACUAUCAAUAGAUAUGUUAUGAUCUCACACCCUAGACUGUAUCCAAAAUUAUACAAAAGACAAUAUUUAGCCGUGAUGGUAGCGGGCACGUGGGCGUUCUCAUUUGGAGCAUUGAUAGCGACAUGGCUAGAAAAAUGGGGUCGAUUCGGUCUAGAUCCAACUAUUGGAUCGUGUUCAAUUUUACCGGAUCGCAAUAACCGCUCACCCAAAGAGUUCCUCUUCGUCGGCGCUUUCAUGUUGCCCUGCUUAGCUAUAGUCAUUUGCUACGCGCGGAUAUUUUGCAUAGUAAGAGAUGCAGCUAGAAGGUCACGAGCUCCUUGUAGUGGACGGCCUCGACCGGGUUUAGAAGAUUCCGCUGUUGGAUCAGCAUCUACAGCGUUAGAACGGUCACCGGGACCGGAAAAUGGCGUUCAUCACACCAGUAUCCCGAGAAAGGCGCUACUAGCUCCGCCUAUACUCCAUUGUCCGCCAACUCCUGGACCUGAACGAUCAUCGUCAUCAGGUGUAGACACUCUAGAUGGCCACGACGACGAAUGCGCAUUGGAUGCGAAACCUCGAACCCCGAGCGGGGGAGAGACUGCCAAACGGCUGCGCCAAGCGGCCGUCGUUCUUAAACGCACUCCUGCCCCCGUCAGACCGCCCCGCUUAACUCCGAAAGACAGAAAACUGUUGAAAAUGAUAAUGGCUAUAAUGUUAUCGUUCUGGGUAUGCUACCUGCCGAUAACUUUGACGAAAAUAUUCCGCGAGUUCACGUCGCACCCAGCGGCGAAUAUAGCCGGCUACAUUUUGAUAUAUUUGACGACAUGUAUAAAUCCAAUUAUAUACGUGGUUAUGUCGAGCGAGUACCGGCAGGCUUAUAAGAACCUGUUAAUGUGCCGCAAAAGGGCGUGACGUUCGCCCGGCGAUGGCGUAUCUGAGAAACGCCCG